GUUUUACACAAAAAAAAAAGUAGUUAACUGGAGUUGUUUGUUACAAUUAGCCCAGUCAAUCAUCUCAAUGGACUCCACAGAGCUGUCUCUGAGCGUAACCUACCGACGCUUUCAAGUGAAUCGAAAAACAAAUGAACCACGAUUCGCCGCUUGGUUAGGUAAGAAAAGAAAACGUGUUUGUUCACUUAGUGACUCUUCCUUUACCUUGGGAAAUCCAAGGUAAGGGUGAAAGCCGACGAGAUGACACACGUGCAAACGGAAAAUCCGUACUCUUCCCCCUCUCGAAAGAUUUGAGAAAAAAGAAAAUUUGAGAGGAAGGAUUACUUUACGACCCAUCAUUAACAGAAAUGACGUAAUGGCCAAAAAGCUUUGCUUACCUGUUCUGUAUGCGAUGUGACGUGUAGGAAUAACAAUCAACUUCAAGAGUGCCUUACGAUAACUGCCUUUUAUCUAAAAGAUAUUACAAUGGAGCCUACCUGUGGUUUCCGGGGACAUACGCAAGGUGACUUGAAUCUUGUGAAAUUCAGACAGGUCUUGCAGACCAGUUUCUUCUCAAGCAGUGCAUCAUAAAACUAUGUGUUCUAUUUCAUUAUCUACAUUCACUGAAAAAAAAAGAAACCAUCAGAUCGUUAUAUCAAAAUUGAAGUUCCGACUACAUCUGACAUUGAUAACACAAGAUGUCAACUAUGGCCGCUACAUGUUCCAUAUCGCGUACUGAGAAGAAGGGCCAGUUCCGAUGUUGUUGCAUAGCUGCAGCUCUUGGAUAACGAGAGACGGUUGACGUACGCAACUCACAACUCCACGCCGGUGAAUCUUAUCAUGUCAAAGUGAAGACAUUUUCCAUUUCUUCGCUGACCACUGUACGUCAUUUCGAUUGAACAUUUCGACAACGAACUUGAAAUAGAUUCCAGCAAAUCUUCGCUUCGUUUUGGACAGGGACUGCUCUACGAAAAACUAUAAAAGCCAGGUGAACCAAUAACAGACCAUCAGAUGUUAGAUAACAUUAGUUGAACAUAGGUUGUCUGAUUCGUGUGGAUUGUGAACAUACAUUUUCGUUGCUGACCUCGUACGAAUAUCCAGGAUGUUGCUAUUAGUCAUCCUAAUGAUUUUAUUAUGGGCCGGAAUGUGCGAGUUAUCUGGCCCAACCUACGGAUUUAAUGGCGAUCGUUUAACAUUUGUCCUCUUUCACAAUCCGCCGUACUCGACGGUGAUUUUUCGUCCCGAUGGAAACUACUCGUACACCGGAACUGGCCCAUUAUGGCAAACGUGGAUGACUAAGAAACUCAAUUUUACCAUUAAGUACAUGAUGCUUAAUCAAAGCACCAUCCAGCAAAGCGGAAUGUCCGAUUUCGAUUUGGCUAUUCAUCUUGUGUCUAGUAAAAAAGUGGACGUCUAUUCCAACGGUGUAGUUGCCACUCCGGAACGAAAACAAAUAGUGGAUUUGACUUAUUUUAUUUGGACGGAACCCUAUUCGAUGGUCGUCCCUCAACCAGAAGAAGAAUCGCGAAUUUUUGCUUUCAUUUAUCCCUAUCAACCAACGGUAUGGCUACUGAUUGUCAUUGCCAUGAUCGCGAUGGUGCUCUUCAUGACUUUAAUUUCAGUCCUAUACGUGAAAAUUACUGACAAUGGCACACCUGUUUUAUCAGAACAUCGAAAAACUGCGUUUGAGUACGCAAACGACUACACGAUGCACAUUUUCAGCUUGAUAACCAAUCAAGGAGCUUAUAUUGCUGUCACCCGUUUCAUGUCUCUUCGGGUUCUUAUGGGAGUGUGGGUGUUGAUGGCCACUGUUUUGGUGAACGUUUACUCGAGCACUGUCAUCUCGUACCUGACAGUUCCCCGAACAAAACCGCCUAUCAAUACAUUCGAAGAUUUGGCCGCCAGCCCAGAUGUUGGCAUUCUUCUGCGUACUGAAGCUCUGAUUACGCAGUACGUCUUGACAGCCAAAACAGGGGCUCUGAAGACAAUAGGCGAUCAUGCCCGUCGUCAUCCGGACAGUUUAUGGACGGACCAAGAGAAAUUGAGUCGUCGUUUAGCAACUGGACAUUAUGCCUAUCCUUGGGUUCAAACAUUUUGCGAAUUCUUUAUCGUCAACCAAUUCAAAAAGGAUAGCGCUUGUCGUUUUCGAAUGACCGAUCCUUUACCCUUUCAGUCUGCCUUCUUCUCGAUAGCGCUGCAGAAGAACAGCAAGUACACUCCAGCAUUCAACAAAGCUUUGAUGGAGCUAUGGGAAAGCGGGCUGUUUCCUUACUGGAUGCGUAACGCCUUACCGCGGGCUCCGAAGUGCUUCGCUAGAACUAAACCACGAACGAUAUCGACUCAAAAAAUGCCCAUUCGUUUAGAUGAUUUACUCGGAGUUUUUUUUAUUUUCGGUAUUGGUUUGGGAUUGGCAAUAUUGUCCAUUUUUAUCGAGAAAAUUGUUUCCUGCGGAAUCCGUCGGAUGGCAGCGGCUGGCGAAUGCUGAGCGGUCACGUUUUCAAACUUCUUUUCAUAAGCUAUACGCCUAUAUCUUUGUGGUUAUAAUGUCCUUAUCCGUCGAAUUGCGUCCGUUAGUUAAUACGUAAAUACCCAAUGU